GACCAGCUUGCACGGUUACCUCAAGCCUCAAGGCCUAACCUUUUCAGUACCGCCGUAAUGUAUAUAAAGGCUGAUGAACACUGCUCGGUUGACCACGAAUCCCCUGUCCAGCGAUGUUCGUUUUCUUCCUCCUCUUCCUGGUCCUUCCCCUAGUCCUCGCUUCGAACCCCAAGCGCGGUCUAGGUUUCGAUCCAGCAGGGCACCCCGAGGAUAUCUCCAAGGCCAGCAGCGGGAGUUGUUCCUGGUUGUACAACUGGAGCCCCUCCUCACCGAGCCCCUCAAUCUCUGGUAUUGAAUUCGUUCCCAUGCAAUGGGGUACGGAUGGACUUAACGGCUUCCUCUCCAAUGCACGAUCGAAUAGCGCUAUAAACGUCCUGGGCUUUAACGAACCGGACUAUGGCCAACAGUCGAAUAUACCUGUGGGGACGGCUGUGCAGAUGUGGAAGGCCGAUAUCAACCCCUUGGCUAGCUCUGGCAUACGGUUAGGUUCACCUGCGGUGACAUCGGCGGAUUCUGGGCUUCAAUGGCUAUCCGAUUUUCUGGGCCAGUGUUCGGGAUGUACAGUAAACUUUUUGGCCGUUCAUUGGUACGGAGAGGGGGCUCCGAACUUCAUUCUCUACCUUCAGAAAGUUCAUAAGAUGUUUCCUAAUUACAAGAUUUGGGUUACGGAAUUCGCUGAUACGCGGACUGAUUCUGGGGCCGUCCUCGAGUUCAUGAAGCAAUCCCUAGCCUUUAUGGAUGCGACUGAUUGGGUUGAGAGAUAUGCCUGGUUUGCAUACAAGCGAACCACGAGUCCAUUAGCGUCAAACCUGCUAGACAGUAAUGGAAACCUCACGCCCCUGGGCCAAUGGUACAUUCAUGGCUAAAUAGUCUCACCAGCAAUGUAGUAUAUGUA